CUCGUGUCUUCAAAGUGUUCUGUCACGUUUAAGCGGUUUUUUCUUGAACGCAUUUAAUAAAUCAAUUUUAGUGCAAUAAUUUGACAUAAUUUAAAUUAUCCAGUAAUUGAAUUUCAAAAGCAUUUUAUCGAAAGGAAAGGAUUACUUUGCUGGCUGCCAAGAAGCCCCAUUAAACAAUUAUAACAAUGCUUUCAAAUCUAAAUUAUUUACUAGUCACAGCCACCUGUUUUGUUAGUAUUUGCACGGCGAUAAGGGUGGAUUGGAAUACGAAUACAGGUCCCAUAAUACCACCAACACCUAGAACUACCGUAAGACCAGUGCCUCCAUUUAGACAGCCAGCUCCAGUGUGGGAGGAUCUUAGUAAUGAUAUACCCAAUCCAAAUCCGUACAUUUAUGUGCCACCACCACCUUCACGUCCUAAACAACGUCUAAACACAAAUAUCAACUAUAAUCUGAACGACAACAAUGGCAACAACUAUGGCAGCAUUGUGACACCACAAAAUGCAAACACCUACUAUCAACAAAACAACAAUAACUCACCGCAAGUAGCAAGUUUGUCACCUCAAUAUAUACCCAAUGUCGGUACCAGAUAUGUGGCUGUGGUACCAACAUCAACAACCACUACAACCUCAACCAAAUCGUCAGCAGCCGCCAACAAAUAUGCCCAACCAUCAUCGGCAAAUGCACUUUCACCGGAUGACAAAACCUCUUACAAGUUGCAAGGCAAAUACAAUGUCAAAACGAAAAAAUACAAAGCAUACGAGAAGGUCAAAUAUGUGCCACUUAAUUAUUAUUCUCCAUUCAAGCCCACUAACAACAACAACAACAACAACACGACUGAAGCUCAAUCAGCACUUGAAGGGAAUAAACAGGAACUGCCAGCUGUCAACAUCCAACAACAAUGGUCGUCUCCUUUCAUUUCUACCACAACCAUCACGAAUCCAAUUACAACUUCCACACCUACCACCAGAUCAUACACCAAGCAUGUGUACGCCAAGGAUACGACAGUCAAGCCGAAAGUGAAAUUCAAUGACUCUGUAGAUAAAGCCAAAAAGAGUUGAAUGUUUGUUUUUAAGUUAAAUACUGUAUAGAAUUUUAAUUGUUAUUAUUUUUAUAUAUUUUCUCAUUAUUGAAAUUUCUGCAAUAAUGAGCACAAAUAAUAGAGAUCAAAUAUAAAAAAAACUAUUCUCAAACAAAUGCUUAAAGAUCACUGCUCAAAGACAUUUUGUUAAUAAAUUAUUAUAACCAUAUUUGUAUUGGUAGACACAGCAAAAUGAAAAAUGCAACAAAAUUGUAAAUUACCUAGAAAACUUCUUGAAUUCAUUUUUAAAUAAAAGCAGUGUAUUAUUUGUAAUAAAUGUAA